AUGAGUCAGAACAACAAAGUGAAGACAACAGAGUCCAGCCCCCCGGCCUCUACCAAAGCCAGAAAGUCCAUACCUAUUCUGGACCCAUCAGGGGACCACUACUAUUGGUGGCUGAACACGAUGGUCUUCCCAGUAAUGUACAACCUGGUCAUCAUUGUGUGCAGGGCCUGCUUUCCUGAUUUACAGCACAGUUACCUGGUGGUCUGGUUAGUGCUAGAUUACAUGAGUGACCUGCUAUAUCUACUAGACAUCGUGGUGCGCUUCAACACGGGAUUCUUGGAACAGGGCAUCUUGGUGGUGGACAGGAGUAGUAUCUCCAGGCGCUAUGUCCGCACAUGGAGCUUCCUGUUGGACCUAGUUUCUCUAGCGCCUACAGACUUGGGAUACUUGCAGCUGGGCCCGCACAUACCCACACUGCGGCUGAACCGCUUUCUGCGAGUGCCUCGCCUCUUCGAAGCCUUCGACCGCACAGAGACCCGCACGGCUUAUCCGAACGCGUUUCGCAUUGCCAAACUGAUGAUUUACAUUUUUGUAGUCAUCCAUUGGAACAGCUGCUUGUACUUUGCCCUGUCUCGGUACUUGGGUUUUGGGCGUGACGCGUGGGUGUACCCAGAUCCCAAUCUGCCUGGAUUUGAACGCCUGCGACGCCAAUACCUCUACAGUUUUUACUUCUCCACGCUAAUCCUGACUACUGUGGGUGACACGCCACUACCAGCCAGGGAGGAGGAGUACCUUUUCAUGGUAGGCGACUUCCUGCUGGCCGUCAUGGGCUUUGCCACCAUCAUGGGCAGCAUGAGUUCUGUCAUCUACAACAUGAAUACUGCGGACGCAGCUUUCUAUCCCGACCACGCACUCGUCAAGAAGUACUUGAAACUGCAGCAUGUCAACCGAAGGCUGGAGCGACGUGUUAUUGACUGGUACCAGCACCUGCAGAUCAACAAGAAGAUGACCAAUGAGGUAGCCAUCUUACAGCACUUGCCCGAGCGUCUACGAGCAGAAGUAGCUGUAUCCGUACACCUGUCCACUCUGAGCCGGGUUCAGAUCUUCCAGAACUGUGAGGCCAGCCUGCUAGAGGAGCUGGUGUUGAAGCUGCAGCCACAGACCUACUCCCCAGGCGAGUACGUCUGCCGUAAGGGAGACAUUGGUCGAGAGAUGUACAUUAUCCGUGAGGGUCAACUGGCCGUGGUGGCAGACGACGGAGUCACUCAGUACGCUGUGCUCGGUGCAGGGCUCUACUUUGGGGAGAUCAGCAUCAUCAACAUUAAAGGGAACAUGUCUGGGAACCGUCGCACCGCCAACAUCAAGAGCCUGGGUUAUUCGGACCUGUUCUGUCUGAGUAAAGAGGACCUGCGGGAGGUGCUGAGUGAGUAUCCACAGGCCCAGACUGUCAUGGAGGAGAAGGGCCGGGAGAUCCUGCUCAAGAUGAACAAGCUGGAUGUGAAUGCGGAGGCAGCUGAGAUCGCCCUGCAGGAGGCCACAGAAUCUCGGCUGCGAGGCCUGGACCAGCAGCUUGAUGAUCUGCAGACCAAGUUCGCUCGACUCCUGGCUGAGCUGGAAUCCAGUGCACUCAAGAUCGCUUACCGCAUAGAACGGCUGGAAUGGGAGACUCGAGAAUGGCCCAUACCAGAGGGCCUGGUGGAUGCUGAUGCUGAUGAUGAGGGAGAGGCUGGGGAGGGGACUUCCAAGAGUGAGGAGGGUAUGGUCGGCCCAGUGUGAUAUCCUCCCCCUUGCCAGAACCCUCAUCUCCUAGUGAAUGCAGAGUUGUAGAGAAAUCUGAUUGC